ACUGACGGAUUCGGCCGAUUCGUGCUGGGCUCCGUCAAUUUUUUGCACUCAUCAGAAAAAAAAGUUUUUCCUUUUAGAGUUUCCCCCCUUCAAUUUUGGUAAUUUUGGCGAGAAAUUUUGGAGUUCCUUCCGGCGUAGAUAGAAGGGAGAUGGCUCCGUUGAACCACCAGCAGAUUCUGAUAAAGAAGGCUCUGGCGAAGAAGCCCAAGACCAAGAUGAUCUCAGGUUUUGGUCUUAAGCCCUCCAAGAGUCUCUUGAAGGCCAAGCCUCAGCCGCCGGCGGUGGUGCAGCCGAGGCGCCGCGUCCGUGUCCUCUUCGAGGACCCCGAUGCGACGGAUUCGGACUCUGAAGACGAAGAGGCCUGCGCCACAACUGGCGCAAAAUCCAAGCGCUUCUCCUUCGAGCUGUUCGUCGGCAAGGCAGCGGCAAAGCCGGUUACUCCUGCGGCCACUGGGGCUGCAUACACCAGCGGCGGGAAGCCGGAGAGCUACCGUGGUGUGAGGCUCCGCAAGUGGGGCAAGUGGGCGGCGGAGAUCCGCAACCCGUUCACCGGCAAGAGACAGUGGCUUGGCACCUUUGAUACCGCCACGGCGGCCUCUUCUGCCUACCUAUCUGCCUCCCGGAGCUUCGCCGAGGAGAAACGUCGCCGCCGUGGGCAGCCCGUGGCCACAUCCUCACCUGCUCCGUCGGCAAGUACCACCCCGACGGCCUCCUCUUCGUCGUCCACCUCGGCUGCUCCGUUCGCCCACCCCUCGCCGUCCUCCGUUCUUGAGGCCACCAAGCCUGCGCCGAAGCUGCUGUCGCCGGAGCCGGCUCCAACCCCCAUCCCGCCCUCCAUUGAUUCCGCGCAGCUGCCGGACGACCCAGAGUUCUACCAGGAUCUUCUGCGCGGGCUACAGCUGCCGGACAUCGACCCGAUGGACUUCCGUGCUGGGCUGGACGCCCUGGAUGUUUCCGAGUUGCCGUUUUGCUUGGAUGACGAACAGGACAUGCUGCUGGGGGACUUUGGGGAUGAGGAGCUGGUGCUUGAUCUUGACCUCGACGACAUCAACGCCGUCUUCCCGGAGAUGGCCGGUUGCGACCUGGGUCGCGGCAUGGAUGACUUCCUGAGAACCGUGAAUUUCUGCGUGUGAAUUAAGUGCCUUAAUACUAUAGUUGUUGGUAUGAUGGCCCUGUGAGUGCUUGGGAGGGGGAUUCCUUGGGUUUUUUCCCCGGGCAAUCCAAUUUGCUCGUGCCCAAGAAAGAUGUUUCCUAAGCAAAGCACAUUAGUGUUUGGAGAGUUCCUAAUUUUUGUAGGUUACAUUAUGGCAAGUUAUAGCUGGUAUGUUAUGUUUUUAAUGUUAUUUGGCAUGCUUGUCGAGACGUUAUAGUGGACAAGUCAUUGAGCUCUUAUAAGGAAAGAAAAUAAGUGUUGCAUUA